UCUCAUAAAAUCUCAAAGCAAAUUCUCUAUAUACAAAUAUACUGCUUAGCUCCUAUCAAUUCAUAAGGUUAUCAAUGGCAUCAAGCAAAUCCUUCAUCAUAGCUUUACUUCUUGUUGUGACCAUGUCAAGCAUGAGCCUAGAAGCUCGCCAUCUUUUACAGACAACACAACCAAAUUUGCCUAACAUUCCCAAUUUACCAAAUCCAACUACAUUACCACCUUUGCCUUCAAUUCCAAAUAUGCCUCAGGGAAAUCUUCCUCCAUUGCCUACUAUCCCUUCUAUGCCUAAACUCACUAUGCCACCACUUCCUAGCUUUCCUACAAAUUUUCCAACAAUUCCAUCUCUCAACAUUCCACCAUUGCCAGCAGCCACUUCACUUCCCAACAUUCCUUCAAUCCCAACCACUUUCCCCUCCCCACCACCUUCAACAUCUAGCCCUUGGCUAGAGGUUGAAGGUGGUGGGGAGGGGAAAGUGGUUGGGAUUGAAGGAAGGUUUGGAAGUGAAGUGACUGCUGGCAAUGGUGGAAUGUUGAGAGAUGGAAUUGUUGGAAUAUUUGUAGGAAGACUUGGAAGUGGUGGCAUACUCCUACAAUUAUUCCUCAUCAAACUAUCAAUGGCAAUAUUCAAAUCCUUCAUCACAACUUUACUUCUAGUUGUGACAAUAUCAAACAUGAGCCUAGAAGCUCGCCAUCUUUUGCAAACUACCACACAACCAAAUUUACCAACCAUUCCCACUUUACCAAAACCAACAACAUUACCACCUUUACCUUCAAUUCCAAAUAUGCCUCAAGGAAAUCUUCCUCCAUUGCCUACUAUCCCUUCUAUGCCUAAACUCACUAUGCCACCACUUCCAAGUCUUCCUACAAAUAUUCCAACAAUUCCAUCUCUCAACAUUCCACCAUUGCCAGCAGUCACUUCACUUCCAAACCUUCCUUCAAUCCCAACCACUUUCCCCUCCAUUCCAUUUUUCUCCCCACCACCUUCAACCUCUAGUCCUUAAACAUUUCUAGAUUUGCCAAGUAUCAUUAUAUUUAUGAGGUCAGCUAAAUGCAUGCAAUAGACAUUGCAUGCAUUAUUUCUUUAUGGAAAAUGUUAACGAGUGUCCCCGAGACAUUUUUUAAGGACUAUAAAUAGCAAGUAUUUAUAAAAAUACAUAUAAUCAAUACAUUGGAAAUCGAAAUGUUUGACUUUUCUAAAAAAUAAUUACUUGUUUUGGUAUGCUUAAAGAGUGUCCGCCCUGGAGGCACUCGUUAACAAAAUCAUUUCUUUAUUGUGUGUGAUGAAAUUGUACUAGGUUAUGAUGAUAUUAGUAUCUUUGUUGUAUUGUAUGGUGUGAGAAGCCUCUGUACCUUGGGACUAUUGCUUGUACUUUUGAAUUUAUAAUACAAUAUUGAAUUACAUAUUU